AGUUAAUUCUGUUAGAUGUUGCCUAGCCCCCAAUAAACAUCUAAGAAUUUCAUUUUCACAUUUGAUAGCACUGUCUGACUAUAAUAUGAUUUCCCAUUGUAGAUUUAAUAGUUUGAUUUAGUAAAUGCAGUUAAGACAUGAGUUUUAAGCAUUUGAAGAUCAGCGUUGCGGGCAAUUUGCUAUCUCAGUGUUGCUGAUGAUAACUAAUUUCUGAGCACCAUUUUGAACCUACAAAAAAUGAUCAUGGCCUGGUAUUUGAGGGUUGUUAGAUCCUUUUAAUAAAUUAUUGUUUGUCUUAACAAAUUCAUUACCACUUCACCCAUCUUGUCUCUGACCAGCACAUCCUGUGGGAAACUAAAAUAAGGGAAAGACAGAGAUAACUGAAUUAUAAGGAGAUAAGAGUCUCAGGAAAGCCAAGGAUGCGAAUGCAGCUGAGCUUCAGGAAAGAUGGGGAGAAGUGGGGAAAACCGUCUGGAGUCCAGGUUAGUGGUUACUUGGAUGAUUGUACCUGUGAUGUUGAAACCAUUGAUAAAUUUAAUAACUACAGACUUUUUCCAAGACUACAAAAACUUCUUGCAAGCGACUACUUUAGAUAUUACAAGGUAAAUCUGAAGAAACCAUGUCCUUUUUGGGAUGACAUCGGCCAGUGUGGAAGGAGAGACUGUGCCGUCAAGCCUUGUCAAUCUGAUGAAGUUCCUGAUGGAAUUAAAUCUGCAAGCUAUAAGUAUUCUGAAGAAGCCAACAAUCUCAUUGAAGAAUGUGAACAAGCUGAGCGACUUGGAGCUGUGGAUGAAUCUCUGAGUGAGGAAACGCAGAAGGCCGUUCUUCAGUGGACCAAGCAUGAUGAUUCCUCAGACAACUUCUGUGAAGUUGAUGACAUACAGUCUCCUGAUGCUGAAUAUGUGGAUUUGCUCCUUAAUCCUGAGCGCUACACGGGUUACAAGGGACCAGAUGCUUGGAGGAUAUGGAAUGUCAUCUAUGAAGAAAACUGCUUUAAGCCACAGACAAUUAAAAGACCUUUAAAUCCUUUGGCUUCCAGUCCAGGGAAAAGUGAAGAGAACACUUUUUACAGCUGGCUAGAAGGCCUCUGUGUAGAAAAAAGAGCCUUCUACAGACUUAUAUCUGGCCUACACGCAAGCAUCAAUGUGCACCUGAGCGCACGGUAUCUUCUACAAGAUACCUGGUUAGAACAGAUAUGGGGACACAACGUCACAGAAUUUCAGCAGCGGUUUGAUGGAAUUUUGACUGAGGGAGAAGGUCCAAGAAGGCUUAAGAACUUGUAUUUUCUCUACUUAAUAGAAUUAAGGGCUUUAUCUAAAGUGGUACCAUUCUUUGAGCGCCCAGAUUUUCAACUCUUCACUGGGAAUAAAGUUCAGGAUGCAGAUAACAAAAUGUUACUUCUGGAAAUACUUCAUGAAAUCAAGUCAUUUCCUUUGCAUUUUGAUGAGAAUUCAUUUUUUGCUGGGAAUAAAAAGGAAGCAGACAAACUAAAGGAGGAAUUUCGACUUCAUUUUAGAAACAUUUCAAGAAUCAUGGACUGUGUUGGUUGUUUUAAAUGUAGACUGUGGGGAAAGCUUCAGACUCAGGGUUUGGGUACUGCUCUGAAGAUCUUGUUUUCUGAGAAACUGAUAGCGAAUAUGCCAGAAAGUGGGCCCAGUUACGAAUUCCAUCUAACCAGACAAGAAAUAGUAUCAUUAUUUAAUGCAUUCGGAAGAAUUUCUACAAGUGUGAAAGAAUUAGAAAACUUCAGGAACUUGUUACAAAAUGUUCAUUAAAGAAAAUGAGUUGAAAUGUGCCCGUUUCUGGACAAUGGAGGUCAAAGAGUGUGGAAUUUCAUUCAAAGGCAAAAUAACAAUGACAGUCUUAAGGCAAAUAUUUUAUAAAGCUGCUUUUGUAAAAGGAGAAUUAUAUUGUUUUAAGUAAACAUUUUUUUAAAAUUGUGUUAAGUCUAUGUAUAAUAUUGUGAGUAAAAGUAAUACUUUGCUAAUGUGGUACAAAUUUAAAAGUUUAAUAUUGAGUAAAAUCAGGAUUAUUAAAUUC